AAUGAAUUCUAUCUUAAAUACUUAUAGUCCAUUAUCUAAAGAAUUAUAUAAUGAAUAUCGUGGAGAAGUGAUGAGAGAUGCUCUCUCUACAUAAAAAGUGUUAGUGAUAGGAGCAGGAGGAUUGGGUUGUGAGAUUCUAAAGUGUUUGGCAUUGAGUGGAAUAAAAGAGAUUCAUGUAAUAGAUUUGGACACAAUAGAUUUGACAAAUUUAAAUAGAUAAUUCUUAUUUAGAAUGAAAGAUGUAGGAAAAUAUAAGGCAGAAGUGGCAGCUGAAUUUAUAAUGAAAAGGAUACCCUCCUGUAAAGUUAUACCUUACACAAAAAAAGUAGAUUUUUAAAUGUCAUUUUUAGAUUUAAGAAUUCGGUAUAGGUUUUUAUUAAGAGUUUUCAGUGAUAAUAGCUGGUUUAGAUAAUAUUGAAGCUAGGAGAUGGAUAAAUAGAGUGGUUAUUUAAAUGGUUGAGAGAGAUGAGAAUGAGAAAGUGAUAGAUGGCAGUCGUCAUUAUUUAAUAGAUGGAGGAACAGAAGGUUUAAAUGGAUAAGCAAGAGUAAUAUCUCCAUUUGAAUCAGCUUGUUAUGAAUGCACACUUAGUUAAUUACCAAAACAAUUAUAAUAUUAAAUGUGUACAAUAGCAUCCACUCCUAGACUUCCUGAACAUUGCAUUGCUUAUGUUUAUGAAGUAUUAUGGUAGAAAGAGUAACCUGAUGUUAAAUUAGACAAAGACAAUUUCGAUCAUAUGAAUUGGAUAUAUUAGAAAGCACUUGAAAGAGCUAAGUAAUUUAAUAUAGAAGGAGUCACCUAUAAAUUAACAUUAGGAGUUGUUAAGAAUAUUAUUCCUGCUGUUGCUUCCACAAAUGCACUUAUAGCUUCUAUAUGUACUGUUGAAUGUAUUAAAAUAUUGACCGGAAAUGGCAGUCAAUUAAAUAAUUAUAUUUAAUGGUAUGGUCAAAACCAUCAAACAGGAGUUGGCAUUAAUGUAAUAUAAUAAGAAAGAUUGGAUGAAUGCACUGAAUGUUCUAUUUAAUAAUUGUAAAUCAAAGUCAAACGAACAGAUCAGUUGUCUAUUCUAUUAACUCUACUACCUCCAGAGAUAGAACUUUAUUGUAAUGGACAAACAUUGAUAACAAACAAUAAUCUGAGGAAAUAAGGAUUUGCACAUCUCUUGGUUAAAACAUUUUAAGAAUUGAUAGAAUCAAAAAUCAUUUAUGAAAAUUCUGUUCUUAAAGCUAUUGAUAAAAAUAAAACCAUUAAUGUGAGAAUUCAAUAUGAAUGAAUGAUGUAUCAAUAUUAAAUAAAUA